UCCAUGUCGCCAUUUUCUACCGCUCCACCACUGUUCCUGUGAAGAGGUGGAUUCUUCGACUGUCGUCCUUGUGGUGCAUGAAAGGGUCUUGCAAUUGACAGUGUUGAGAAUCGACAGAAACAUUUACGUUUAAAAGAAAGGAAAUACACGGUUGCGCGCUUUCUCUGUCAGUAGCUUUUUCUGUAAGAAUGUCGUCAGAAAGCCCCGAAUACUCCCCGUUCUUCGCAGUGAUGGGAGCCUCUGCGGCUAUGGUCUUCAGCGCAUUGGGGGCGGCCUAUGGCACGGCUAAGAGCGGAACGGGCAUCGCUGCCAUGUCGGUGAUGCGGCCGGAGCUCAUCAUGAAGUCCAUCAUUCCUGUGGUCAUGGCGGGUAUCAUCGCCAUCUACGGGCUGGUGGUGGCGGUGCUCAUCGCCAACAACAUUUCAGAGAAAGUCACCCUCUACAAGAGUUUCCUCCACCUGGGUGCUGGGCUGAGUGUGGGGCUGAGUGGGCUGGCGGCUGGUUUCGCCAUCGGCAUUGUGGGCGAUGCAGGUGUUCGGGGCACGGCCCAGCAGCCCAGGCUCUUCGUGGGCAUGAUCCUCAUCCUGAUCUUUGCAGAGGUCCUGGGGCUCUAUGGUCUUAUUGUGGCUCUCAUCCUCUCCACAAAAUAGAGAGCAAAGUCCAUCUGUCCGUCCGUGUACGUCGAGUCAACGCUACGUCAUCCAUUCAAUAUAUAAACAUCUAAGAAAUAAAGAACAAAUUGGAGAGCAUGCCGUUACGCCUGGUUCCAAAUCAACUCCCUUUCGCCACUUAUUUCCUAGUGACACUACUGAGUCCUUUGUAGAUCUAAUAGGUUUGAAUAAGUGUUAGCAAUAUGGUAAUGGUAAAGCCACAAACCUACCUACAUUGCUUAUUCAUGCCUGUCAGAUCUACGAGGGAGGCAUCUUGGGGUGUUAAGGGCUGUGUCCCAAAUGGCACCAUAUUCUCUACAUAGUGCACUAUUGACCAGAGUUAUAUGGGCUAUAGUGCUCUGGUCAAAAGUAGUCCACUCAAUAGGGAAUAGGGUGCGAUUUGGGACACGGCGUGGGGUUGAUUUGAGAUUGGGCGUGAAGCGAAAAGCGUCUCCUAUUCCAGUCGUGUCUCUCUUCCUGUACAGUCGUCCUUGAGUCCACUAGCCAAACCCUUAUAAAUACACUUUGUAAAUGUAGUGACGCUUUCGUUCUGUGUGUGCUUGAGUAUUGGUUUACCUCCUUCCUCCCAAUUUCCUCUCAUUUGUCUGCUAAAUGGCUUUUAUUAUUAUUGUUCCUUUGUUUGUUUUUUCUUUAAAUGUCCGAAGAACGGACUGUUGGACAAAUCAUUUUAUUUUUCUGGGGACCAUUUUCACAUUAAAGGACCUAACUAAUAUGAGGACAUGGAUAACAAUUUUUUUGGUUUGGUAGUUUUUUUCACUAAUUAUUUAUGAAGAUUUUGAAAUGUUAAUAAAACUGUGUUAUUGAGUUCCCAAUGAGAUGGAGAGGUGUGUGUGUGUAUAUAUAUAUUAUCUCUAUCUAAUAAAUAUCUGUAUAGCUAGA